AUGGAGGAUAGAGGGAGGACAUCAUCCAGUGCCGAGCCUGCCGACGCCGAGGUGAUCCUCAAGAUCAAAUUUGCGACGAGAGACACAUGGAGGAUGUCUUUGCAUGGGCCACCUACCCACCCCGACCGUAGCAUCACCUCCCUCGCCCGGCCUCCCACGGCCCCGCCCCUCCCCGGCCUCGCGGGCUCCUCCCCGGUGCCGCGGCUUCGUCCCCGACCCCGUGUGUUCCUCCCCUGCGCCGCGGCCUCGUCCCCGCCCCUGCGGGCGCCUCCCCGGCGCGGCGGCCUCGUCCCUGGCCCCGCGGACGCCUCCCCGGCGCGACGGCCUCGUCCCCCCGGCCCUGCGGGCACCUCCCCAGCGUGGCAGCCUCUUCCCCGGCCCCGCGAGUGCCUCCCCAGCGCGGCGGCCUCUUCCUCGGCCCCGCGGGCGCCUCCCCGGCACGGCGGCCUCGCGUCCCUGGCCCCGCGGCCUCUUCCCCGCGACGCCGCGCACCUGGCCGUGCGCCACCCGGGGAACGACCUCUCCAGGUCCCGCGACGCCGCACCGGGUGCCGGGUGCAACCGCCACUCCUCUCCCUCCCUUCCCCAGCCCAGAUCCGCCUACCCCGCUGCACGGGCGUCAAACUUCGACCUCCGCCGUCGACCUUCACGAGCGGGAUCCGCGCGCCGGUGA